GGGCUGAGGUGAGGGCCGAAUGCACAUGUGGUGCGCGGCUUUAUGCCAUGCAGGCAUCCCCCACCCCCCUCCUCCCCACAUGCAGCCCGGGACGGAGCUGGGUCUCCCGUGAAUGUAACAACCUCGCCUUUGCAACAAUGUGAAACAGCGCGGCGCCCAGUAACAAGCUGGCCGCUACCCUCACCAUCCCAUUGUUGUUGGUUCUCUCUCUGCUGUACCUCAACACCAUAGUUUUUAGAGAGAAGUCCACUGGUUCAAAAUGAGCGAACUAAAGGAUUGCCCACUGCAGUUCCAUGACUUCAAGCCAGUCGACCAUGCAAAGAUGUGUCCCCGGUAUGCUGCUGUACUAUCUCGUUCAGAAGAUGAUGGGAUUGGAAUUGAGGAACUGGACACGUUACAGUUGGAACUGGAAACACUGCUUUCCUCAGCGAGUCGACGACUACGCAUCCUAGAGGCAGAGACGCAGAUCCUCACAGACUGGCAGGAUAAAAAAGGUGAUAAGAGGCUGUUGAAAUUUGUGAAAGAACACGAGCAUGGAACGCCACAGAAACAUGGGAAACCGAAGAAGCAGAAAAUUGAUGGAAAAGGAAGUCAUGGAAGUGGACCUGGUCCUGGGCGCCCUAAAUCCAAAAAUGUACAGCCCAAAAUACAGGAGUAUGAAUUUACAGAUGAUCCCUUGGAUGUUCCCAGAAUUCCAAAGAACGACGCCCCUAACAGAUUCUGGGCAUCAGUGGAACCGUACUGUGCUGAUAUAACUAAUGAGGAGAUCCGUAUCCUUGAGGACCUUCUGAAACCCCCUGAGGAUGAAGCAGAGUAUUACAAGAUCCCUCCUCUGGGCAAACAUUACUCGCAACGUUGGGCGCAAGAGGACCUUCUGGAGGAGCAGAAGGAAGGUGCACGUGCUGCGGCCGCAGCAGAGAAGAAGAAAGGAGUGCUUGGAGCUUUGACUGAGCUCGACUCGAAAGAUGUGGACGCAAUCCUGAAGAAGGAACAACAUGAUCAGCCUGAAGACGGCUCUCCUUUUGGACCCCUUACACAACGAUUGCUCCAGGCUUUGGUGGAGGAGAACAUUAUUUCACCCAUGGAAGAUUCCCCAAUACCAGAGAUAACGGGGAAAGACGCGGGAACUGAUGGAGCAAGCACCUCUCCUCGAAGUCAGAAUAAAACAUUUAGUGUUCCUCACACAAAGUCUCUGGAAGCUCGAAUCAAGGAAGAACUCAUUGCACAGGGUCUGCUGGAUUCUGAGGAUCGUCCUACUGAAGACUCCGAGGAUGAAGUCCUAGCAGAGCUCCGUAAACGUCAGGCAGAACUGAAAGCCCUCAGUAGCCACAAUCGUGCAAAGAAACAGGAACUUCUCAGGCUUGCCAAAGAGGAGUUAAAAAAGCAGGAGUUACGGCAGCGGGUGAGGAUAGCAGACAAUGAAGUCAUGGACGCCUUCCGGAAGAUCAUGGCAGCGCGGCAAAAGAAACGCACACCUACAAAAAAAGAGAAGGAUCAGGCGUGGAAAGCCCUAAAGGAAAGGGAGAGCAUCCUAAAGUUGUUGGACAGUUAAAAAAAAAAGUGCCAACACACGAGUUACUCUGUUACUUCAGAAAUAUUGGCAAAGCGAUUGUCACUACCGAGCUGUUUGGACUUGAACUGACGGGAAAAAAAGUGAAAUUGAAACCUACCUGUUGUGAACGGGUAACAUUCCACUGCAGCAGGCUGUCUCUGUUGCAACUUGCUUGUCCUGUAUGUCGACGAUGGAUGUCUGUCAUUUAAAACAAUCUGGUUGUUGUGCUUUGCUAGUCUGUACUGUAUGUAAGAGUAAUGUUUCUGCCAUGUGAUCAGAAAAGAGUGUAACAUUCACAUGAGAGUGUGCCAUUGCCAGUACUUCAAAAUGUGACAUUACCAACUGACACUUUAAUAGUUUUGAGGAAGAAUGUCUCUCGCUUACUUCCUCACUCCAAUAAAAUUUUACAGUAAUAAUGUGUCGGGUUAUCUCUAUUACCCAAACCUGUCAUUAUUCCUUUAACUACUUUUUUUUCUGUUUUCACUCCCCUCUCUGUCAAGCCAAUGCACAGUGGAUCUCUUGUAACUAAUUUAAAUCUUCCUGCUUUUCAAAAUACUGCAAAAUUCUAAUGUCAAAAUAUUGGAGGAGAGGGGGAAGGGAGGAGAGGAGAGAGAGAGAGAGAGAGAGAGAAAAAUAUCUUUUCACGGAAAUGGAGGUAGCAUAAUCUUUAUGGAACCAGAACCCUUGACCAGUUCCAGGGUACCACUGCUACAAAUGUCCUUGGUGCUCUGCUGUGGAGCCUUUGGGUAAAUACAAAGCUUGUAGUUUCCUUCUGGAAACAAGGAACUGAAGGUACUGGUUGAUACAAAAGCACACAAAACACUGGAGUAACUCGGCUGGUCAGGCAGCAUCUCUGGAGAAUAUGGAUAGGUGACGUUUCUUUGAAGAAGGGUCCCAACCUGAAACGUUGCCUCUCCGUGUCUUGAGAGAUGCUGCCUGACCUGCUGAGUUACUCCAGCACUUUGUGUCCUUUUGUAGUUUCCUUGGCAAUUUAGAAUAAUCCCUGAUUCAUUCUCUGAAGUUAGCAGCUAGCAAUGAUAAAUUGAUCAAGAAGUUCAAUGCACCUUUGGUUAGUGAUAAUCAGUGUUCCUACAUCUAUUCCAUGAAUCUCAUCUAACACUGAACAUUUUCUAAGAUGGUUGCUAUUUCUUUUAAAUUUAGCUUUUGCAUUGUUUGGAUGGGAAGCAAUCUGCAGGCAUUUCUUUGGAACAAAGUGGUGCAAUUUAAUGCUAUAUUUUAUAGUUGAUCAAAGACAUGUAGCAGACAAUCCAGCUCAUUUUACAGCUGGAUCAUUUGCUAGGAAAUGGGCCAGGUUUGUUAGUCUUCCACACUCCUGUGGAUAUCUAGAAUAAGAUGAGAUUGCUGAUGCUUGAAUCUGUAUUGAGGAAGAACAAAUGUGGGAGGAUUGAGGGUGUGCUGUGGAAAUGUUUUGCAAAAUACUAUUCUAUCACUACUAUUGUAUUAAAGAAAUGUUUUUAAAAUCAUAUUGCUAAACAUGCCAAUCAUUUUAAGGAGUCUUGUUGUGAUUGUACAUAAUUUCGUCAUCUCUUCUGUGAUAUCAGCACUGUGAUCGCCUGUCUAUCAGUAAGUUAGACAAGGGGUGGCACAGAGGUACAGCUGCUAGUGCUGCUGCCUCACUGCGCCAGAGAUGUGGGUUUCAUCCUGACCAAAUCAUGACCUUGCAUGUUCACUCUGUGACCAUGUGGGAUUCCUCUAGGUGCUCUGCAUUCCGCCCACAUCCAAAGAUGUGCAUGUUUGUGGGUGAAUUGGCUUCUUU